AAACUUCUCUCCGCGACUGUACACGAUAUCACAUUUUAUAUUACGCGUUCGAAAUUGUCCAUCAGAGCAUUUAACAAUCGAUCCUUACACUCGUCACAAGUGUACUAUUGACAUUUUCCUCUCGAAACGAUAAUAGUCCAUUCAUUCGUUUCAGAUGGAUGUAUUUCGAACAAAGGGAGGACACCAAACAAGUCGCCGAGAUGGAGAACGUCAAUAAAGACGUAUAGCGCCAGACAUCCAACUCAAAGCAUUUAUUAUUAGUGAAAGUGUUAUUGGACAUUAUACAGUGUUUUGAAUAAAGUGUGAAUGUUUAAUAAAAACCUGUCGAGUUUCAACUUGGCUUUUAUUCGAAUUUUUAACGCGAAAACAAUCGGAUGUUUACAUUAACAUAGUGACAGUACGCGACGGAUCGCCCACUGUUUGACUUCAGUAACGUGUUAAGUUUAUUUUCGAUUUCUCCGAGUGUGUUUGUGGACGCAUUAAAGACUGAUAUGGCAACAUAAGAGUGUUUGCUUACAUACAGACGAACAAUAGGACGCUAGCGACGACCCAGCGCCGCCGGCUUACCAGUAAUUCAAUAUUAUACUGUAUUUAUCUUGGUGCUGUGAGGAUGUGCUCUCCAAUAUAACAACAAUGUGACCCAACUUUGAAGAUUUACUCGGAUCUCAGGCGAGGUAUACAUUCCUUGUUCCGUAUUUCAAUCUCCAGUGAGUAUUGAUUUUAUAUUUGAAAUUUUAUAAAGCACGUCGAUAGAAAACUACGAAAAUGGAUAAAACAGAAAAGACUGACGAGAAAAUGUCUCGCGAAGAGACGACCGAGGAGCUGCCUCUUAAAACAGAAGCUAAGAAUGACACGCAAAAUAUGACCUUUUUUGAGAAGAUGAAAUUCAUUAAAUCGAAUAUAACGGUAGAACCGGUUUUAGCUCUAUUUGUGAUGCCGAGUGUGCUGGCAAUGUUAGCGACGCAGAAUUUGAAUUUAGAGAAAGCAUGUAUGGUUAAUUUGGGAUUUGGCGAUGGAGCGUGCACUGCUUUGAGGCUAAGAAAGCGCGCGAAUUACACAUUUGAAGAAGAAGAAGUACAGAAACUGAUAGCAUCAGUGCAAGCAUGGAAAAGUGUGGUGCACACAGCAGUGCCAACACUGUUGAUGCUCUUCAUAGGAGCAUGGAGCGACAAAACAGGGAAGCGCAAGAUAUGCAUGCUGAUGCCAAUCUUUGGGGAGUUCAUGACGUGUGUAUUAAACAUGAUAAACACGUACUUCUUCUAUGAAGUCCCAGUGGAAUGGACGGUGUUUAUGGAGGUCAUAUUCCCAUCUCUCACUGGCGGAUGGUACACGAUGUUCCUCGGUACUUUUAGUUAUUUAGGAGAUAUCACUUCUAAGGAUACAAGGACAUUCCGAAUGGGGCUGCUGAACUUAUGUAUGACAGUAGGAUUUCCCAUAGGAAUGGGCUUGAGUGGCAUCCUAUUACGGUAUCUAGGAUACUAUGGAGUGUUCUCUAUAUCUGCUCUAUUGCAGUUUAUCAAUUUCUGUUAUGUGUUGUUCUUUAUUGACGAUCACACUUGGCUCGAGAACAAAGACAAGGUCAAACGAACCGGUUGCACUGGUUUCCUUCUGGAGUUUUUCGACUUCCACAGUCUAAAGGAGACUGUUGAGAUAGCUUUCAAGAAAGGCCCGAAUAACAGAAGACUGCGUAUAUGUCUCGUUUUGACUGUGGUCUGUUUGGUGUUUGGACCGAUGUGGGGUGAACUAAGUGUGAUGUACAUAUUCGCGCGGUACCGGUUCAAUUGGGAUGAAGUGAAGUACAGCAUCUAUUCGACGUACAGUCUCAUCACGCAUUCUGUUGGCACCCUGUUCUCAAUCAGCGUGUUCAGUAGGAAGCUGAAGGCAGAUGACGCGGUGCUGGGCAUGAUCUCCACCAGCAGUAAGAUCUGUGGCGCCCUGAUGUUGGCCUUCGCUAGGACUGAUGUUGAAGCGUACUUAUCGCCACUCUUAGAAAUCUUAAACGGCACCACAACGAUCGCGCUUCGGUCGAUCGCAUCCAAACUAGUCUCCUCUCAAGAAUUAGGUAAAGUGUACUCGCUGUUCGGCGUGGCUGAAACCAUGAUGCCCAUAAUAUUCGCUCCACUGUACUCCAGGGUCUACAUAGCCACCCUGAAUGUGCUGCCAGGAACGGUGUUCCUCGUCAGUGUGACGGCUACUAUACCUGCUCUUGGCAUAUUUGGAUGGUUCUACUACCAGCACAAACAAGACGAGAAAGAGAAAAGACUGAAUGUUAACAUACCCAAUACUCCGCCGCUGCCUGGAGAUGUCCCAGUAGCUCCUGCUUAGACAACUUACUAAAAAAUAUUACCUACAUCACAUUGUAAAGAAGAAAAUUCUC